GGAAAACUAUGAUCACAUAAAAUCAUGUCGGAGUCAAGGACAUUCUUAUCUGGGACGAAGCUCAGCCGUUCAGCUAGAUAACACCUAACGUGCACGUGCUCUUACUAUUUGCCACAUAAAGCUAAGAUAGUCUAGUAUCUUUUGAAUAAUAUCAUCGGAGGCUAUUUUUCUGCAUCUUUAUUUGCAAACUUUUAGAAGACGCCAUCGCGUGUCUUCGUAUGUUGUAAGCAAAACAAUAUUUGACCGAAUUUACUCGGAUUGUCUCGGCUCAAAGAGUAUUUAGCACUAGGAGAGGACUCUCUAAGACUUGUGAGUUUUAAAUGCAAGUGCAAUGGCCAGUACGAUUGACAAUCAAAUCCUGCUGAAAUUGGACGAUAAAAGUUAUUUACCAGCGUUGGGAUUUGGAACAUAUGCUCCCAAAGAGAGUGAAGACGAUGUUUAUGAGGCAGUGCGUGUUGCCAUAAAGACGGGUUAUAGACAUCUAGACUGUGCUGCCAUCUACAGGAAUGAACGAGCAGUGGGUCAAGCUAUUAAAAAAUCGAUUGUGGAAGACAAAGUUACGCGAGAGGACUUGUUUAUUGUCAGUAAGCUAUGGAACUCCUGUCACAGACCAGAUUUGGUAAGAGCCAGUUUGAAAAAGAGCAUGGAGGAUCUAGGACUUCAGUAUUUGGAUUUAUAUCUCAUUCACUGGCCUACUGGUUUAAAAGAGGGUGGUGAGUUUAUACCUAGGGAUGAAAAAGGCAAUGUUUUGUACUCGGACGUCGACUAUGUGGACACAUGGAAGGCAAUGGAAGACUGUGUGGACGAGGGCCUUGUGAAAUACAUUGGUUUAUCCAACUUCAACAGUGAACAAAUUCAAAGAAUUCUGGAUGUAGCUCGAAUCAAGCCUGUAAUCAAUCAGGUUGAAUGCCAUAUAUACUUUAGCCAAGAAAAACUGAUUGAAUUCUGCAAAGCACGAGGGAUAGUGGUAACAGCAUAUUCUCCUUUCGCUAGUCCUGGACACAAAAGUAUUCCAUUCACCCCAUGCCUAGAGGAGCCUGUCAUUGUCGAUAUUGCAAAAAGCAAAGGAAAGGCACCCUCUCAGGUCAUUUUAAGGUUUCUUCUACAGAGAGGCAUGAUAGUAAUUCCUAAAUCUGUUAGUCCAAAGAGAGUUAUUGAAAACUUCCAGGUGUUUGAUUUUGAAUUGACUGAUGAAGAAAUGAAAAAGAUACUAGCUUUGAAUAAAAAUCACAGAAUAAAUACUGAGGACAUAGCCUUGGCACACAAGUAUUACCCAUUCAACAUUGAAUUUUAACGAGCUGUUUCAUCAACUGGAUUUUAUUCUGACAAUCUAUGCAAAUACAGUUAUCUGGUGUAUGCCUUUUGUACUUGUUUCCUAUAAGCAAACAGUAUUACAGAGUGUAUGUUUGGAAUGGAUGAAACUUUGUUCAAAUACAAUGUUAUCUUUGUGAAGAAACAGAGAAUUUAAUUCAUUCAUUGAAAGCUUGAUUGUUUAUACCCUAUUCAACAAUUAGAAUUUACUUCAUAAGACAGUUUAUGAAGAAAUUUGUAUAAUAAGGGCUGCAUUUCGCCCUCUAAUAUGAUUUGCAAUUUUAUUUUUAGCAAAGAUCACUUUUAUUGAUGAAUGUAUCCUCAAUUUUCUAUUAUGAUAUGAAAUUAAGAUCUACAUAUAUACAUGUAUGUGCGUUUUCCCUAAAAUUUGAAAUUUGACAUAAGGUGUAUUUUAUUGAAUCUUUCUCCUUUGUGGAAGUCCUAGGGACUUCGUGAACGUGAUUUAUGACGUAAAUACAUAUUUCGUAUCUUUGAAAGAUGCAUGUAUGUCAGUAAUAGAAAAGUUAAUCUUGAUUACAAAAUGACUCACUGGGUUUUCUAUGUACAUGUAUAUCAUGCUGGUAAAUUUUUAUUCAAUAUUGUAAAAUUAUUAUUUUUGUAUUUUACCUGAGCAAAUUAUAUAUAUCAUGGUGAUCUUUGUCCAAAUACAAUGACAAACUAUAAAAUGCUUUAUUUCUAUAAUCAAAUAUGAAAUACGUUAUUUCUAUAAUCAAAUUUAAAAUGCUUUAUUCUAUUGUCAAAUAAGAAGAAAGUGAAGUUUAUUUCAAAUGCUAUUUUUUUUUGCCACAUAAAUACAGAUCUUUGUUGAAAAAAAAAUUCAAACUUUCUUAGGGGUGAGGCCCUUAUCCUCAGUAGCUCUUUUUCAGUUUGAAUAUUUUGAAUAUCUUUUUCGUAUCCCUUUUUGUUUAAAGUGCUUAUAGUGCCAUAUUUUGUUUUAAGCAUUCACUUAGCUUUAUUAUGUAAUUUUUAUGAAGUUUUAAAGAACAAAUCAUUUGGCUCUUGGAGCAACAUAGAGUUGUAAAAUGCCACAAGUCUUGAAAUUUGGCAUAGUUAUUGUAUUCCAGUCUAAAAAUACUCACCACCUCAGAAAUUAGUAUAAUCUCAAGCUAACGACUGUGCAUAAAUUUGCAUUGGUUAAAUUUGUGAGGAAACGAUAAGUAAGAACCUUUUUCUUCAUUGUCAUAAAAUUUCAUAAAUUUUUUUUUACUAGCUGAUGACCCUAUUUGGUUUUAAGGUCAAAAGGUCACUACUUUGUAAACAUGAAUUUCAGUUUGGAUAAACAUGUUUUGUUGAACUUUGCUUUCAAGAACCAUCAUGGCCAUGUGAUGAAGUAUUUCUUUAAGAAUAAUUGAAUUGAUGUAAAUUUCAUUUGAAUUUACUAAAGUUUUUCGACAAAAUGACAAAAAUUUAUGUUUUGAUAGAGGUUGCUAUAGAGUAUCUAUUAUUGCAGCUUUUUCCAGACUUGCUGCAAUUUACAAGUAGGUAUUUGUUGAAGUUUUCCAAAAGUAUCUGUUGGAUUCUGUAAAUAUAAAAGAACUUUUUUUAUUGGUUGAUGACUAUUGUAAUUAAAGUAUAGAUUGUACUAUUUUGGAUGAUUAUAAUUUAUGAUAUACAUGUAGGAUUGGGAAGAAAACUUCAAUACAUAGAGUUGUAGAAUAACACCUUGAUACAACAAUUAAUUUGAAUAAUUACAUGUUUAGUUAUCAAGUACAGGAAAAUGCAUUUGUAGUGAAUAUAUAUGUGGUUAUCUAUGAUAAUUGUGUUUAUUCGAACAAAUUUUGUUCUUGCAAUUGUUCAUAAUGAUUCCGCAAAGAGACUUGGUGCUUUUGUUGAUGUGUACCGUUUCUAAUCAAGAUAAAGUUUUAAAAGUUGU